AUGGAUGCUAUCCACAAAAAUAGGCCACUCGAAAAUAGCCCGGUGGAUCGAGCACUCGUCUCAUCCUUUGGUGACUUCAACUCGGGACUCCAGAUAACGAAAAACACUGGCACUAUCAACUUCCAUCCCCAAGCCGAUCAUUCUGAGGCAUCAGAAAAUCGAAAAUGUCUUCAGGCCUUACAUGCGACUGAUCCUCGCCGUGAUAAAAGCCGGAUCGAGACAGCUAAGGGCGGAUUGUUAGAAGACGCAUAUAACUGGGUCUUCGACAAUGCAGAAUUCAAACGGUGGUGCCAUGAUCAAGAAAGUCAACUUCUUUGGAUCAAAGGUGAUCCUGGGAAGGGCAAAACUAUGCUCCUGUGUGGGCUUAUCAACGAACUAACCAAGUCUGCCCCGACUUCGGACACCACUGUCAUCUUCUUCUUCUGCCAGGCAACAGACGCUCGGAUUAAUCAUGCCACAGCUGUUCUUCGCGGUUUAAUCUUCAUGUUGGUUGAUCAACACCCGGCUCUGGUCUCCCAUGUGCGGCGCGAGUAUGACAAGGCCGGGGAAAAGGUGUUUAAGGAUGCGAAUGCCUGGGAGGCACUCCUAGGGAUCCUGACAAGUAUCCUCCAGGACCCAUUGCUCCAGACGACCUACUUGAUAAUCGACGCCCUUGAUGAAUGCACUGCAGGGUUGAGUCGUCUUCUUGAUUUCAUUGUUGAGAAAUCAUCGUUUUAUCCACAUGUCAAAUGGCUCGUCUCAAGCCGCAACUGGCCAUCCAUCGAACAGACCCUUGAGACAGCACCGCGAAAAGAGAGGCUCUGGCUCGAGCUCAAUGAAGCUUCCGUCUCCAAGGCCGUUGCUUCCUUUAUCCACUACAAAGUUCAGACCUUGAAGAGCAAAAAGAAUUACUCUGAUGAUAUCCGAGACGCUGUUACAGAGCAUUUAUUAGCGAAUGCACAUGGUACUUUCCUCUGGGUAGCCCUGGUCUGCGAGGAACUCGCCAAAUUCAACGUUUCAAGGAGAGCUGUUCAAAGGAAGUUGAAAGAAUUUCCUGCUGGCCUUGAUCAGCUCUAUCAGCGAAUGUUGGAUCAGAUAGGCGAAAGCGAGGAUGCGGAACUCUGCAAGUCCAUACUUGGCGUCAGCACGACAGUCUAUCGUCCUAUUACAUUGGACGAGCUAGGUUCUUACAUCGACUUUCCGGACGACAUCGAGCUUUCGGACCUUGAAGAGAUCAUACGGCUCUGUGGCUCCUUUCUUACGCUUCGUGGAUCUACAAUCUUUUUAGUUCAUCAGUCUGCCAAAGACUUUCUUCGUCGAGAAGCAGUCCGCGAGAUCUUUCCCCACGGAGAGGUAUUCGUGCAUCAUUCAAUUUUCUCAAAGUCGUUAGAAGCCAUGAAUAGGACGCUUCGGCGUGACAUUUAUGGGCUAGUAUAUCCCGGAUACCCCAUCGAGCGAGUCAAGCCCCCGGAUCCUGAACCACUAGCCGCAAUUCAGUAUGCCUGUCUUUACUGGGUCGACCAUCUUCAGAUGGGCUCUCGUCAAGUUGGCGCGAAUGUACCAGACGACCUUGAGGAAGGCGGCCUAGUCGAUACAUUCUUUCGCAAGAACUACCUUUAUUGGCUUGAAGCUAUCAGCUUAUUGAGAAGCUUAUCAGAGGGGUUAGCUUCAAUGUUAAGACUCGAGCAUUGGAUCAAGUUCGAGAUACAACAUGCAAAAUUGGUCGAUAGGAUUCAAGAUGCCUGCCGAUUUGCUCUAUACCACCAACCAGCAAUUAGGGAUUGGCCACUCCAAGUGUAUGCAUCCGCGUUGAUAUUCAGCCCUGUGGAGAGCAUAACAAGAAUCCAAUAUGAAGAACAGCAACCAACCUGGGUAACUUUCAAGUCACAAAUGGAAGAUCAGUGGAGUCCAUGCUUACAGACCCUCGAAGGACACGGGGAUGAUGUUCACUCGGUUUGUUUCUCUCAUGAUUCAAAGCUCCUUGCGUCGGCUUCCAGCGAUCGCACCGUCAAGAUAUGGGAUGCUAGUAGUGGGCAAUGCCUAACUACCAUUGACGAGCAUAGAGGUCCUGUCGAUUCUGUCAGUUUUUUGCAAAAUUCAAAGCUGCUCGCCUCGCCUUCGUUUUCUACCAUCAGGUUGUGGGAUACGAGUAAUGGACAGCCUGUCAUGACGAUCGAAGGUGAUAAUAGCUGGUUUACCUCCGUUACCUUCGUUCACGAUUCCGAUCUCCUUGCGUCUGGCUCAGCCACGGGCAUUAUAAAGCUUUGGAAUAUUAACAAUGGACAAUGUAUAAGGAGUCUAGAAGGACAUCAAGCUAUAGUCCGGGCAGUCACCUUAUCUCACGAUUCUCGGCUUCUGGUAUCGACUUCAAACGACGAAACCAUGAAGAUCUGGGACGUGAAUAGUGGAAGAUGCCUUUGGACUAUUGACAUGCGUCUGGAUAAUGCCUCCUCACUCUCCUUCUCCCAUGAUUCCCAGCUCCUCGCCUCAGGCUCUUUGGACGGUAGCGUCAAGCUGUGGGAGACUAGCAGCUGGACAUGCGUCAAGAAUCUAAGCAGCGAUGCCCUUUCCGUCACCUUUUCCCAUGAUUCAAAGCUUCUUGCCUCAGGCUCAGCUGAUAGUACUGUCAAGUUAUGGGACGUUCGCAGCGGCCAGUGCCUCCAGACUUUCAAAGGCCAUCAAUCUACCGUGCAAUCGGUGGCCUUCUCACACGAUUCCAAAUUCCUUGCCUCUGCUUCAGAUGAUAAAACCAUCAGGAUAUGGGAUGCUACUAGCAGACAACGCUCACGUGAAUUUGACACCCAUGGUGACAGGAGCGAUCUGUAUCUUUCUCAUGAUUCCAGGCUCCUAGCCGCAGCUAAAAGGAAAAGGCCUUACGACAUAAUGAUAUGGGACACUCGAAAUGGACGAUGUAUUCAGACCGUCCAUAGCCUGAAAAGCAAUCCAUCCUCCUUUAUGUUCUCAAAUGAUCUCAGACUCUUCGCAGCAGGUUCAGGCGAUGGUACUAUCGAUUGUACUAUGCAAAUAUGGGAUAUCGGCAGCGGAAAAUGCAUACAGACUUUCACGACUCCCCGGAGAGUCGGAGUGAGAGGUUUCUUAUUCGGCAAUCCAAAUCUCAGAUUUGCUGAUGGCACUUCCGUUUCAAGUUCAUUUUAUAUUGAUAGGCCAGCUUGGUACACGAUCUCCAAUUCUCAAGGCCUUCGCAUCAGUGAUGAUGGUAGAUGCAUCACUUGGAACUCGGAAUGCCUGCUAUGGUUGCCGCCAGAGUAUCGAGCAGCUCCGAGGAGCUCACAUCUUGUCUCGGAAUCAACUGUGUGUAUUAGUUCCGCUUCAGGACGAGUGCUUAUUUUUGAUUUUGAUUAUGCUGCACUAUCACAGACCUGUGGGUGA